AUGGAUGACGACCACCUCCCACAGAUCUAUUCUUCCGUCUACUCCGGCGUCGAAGUCUACGAGAUGGAAGUCAACGCUGUCGCAGUCAUGCGCCGUCGUCACGACAGCUGCCUCAACGCUACCCAGAUCCUCAAGGUUGCCGGCCUGGACAAAGGAAAACGCACAAAGAUCCUCGAGAAGGAGAUCCAAACUGGCGACCACGAGAAAGUCCAGGGUGGCUACGGCAAAUACCAGGGCACCUGGAUAUCCUAUGACCGAGGCGUCCAGGUCUGCCGCCAAUACGGCGUCGAGGACCUCCUCCGGCCAUUGCUCACCUACGACAUGGGCCAGGACGGCACGGCUGCGGGCCGUGGCGACCUCAACACCCCGACCAAGGAGCAGGCCAUGGCCGCCCAGAGGAAGAGGCUCUACAGCCAGCCCAUCAACAAUAGAUCCAACAGCAUGUCUGGGACAUUCUUCAAGAACAUAUCCUCUACCGCCUCCAAUGCCGUCGCUGCCAUCAGCAAAGCAAGGCUCGACUCACCGGGGCCCAGAAGCCGUGGUGGCCUCUCGAGAGCCCCCAGCUUCAACCGCCAGCCCUCCGUCUCGAUGCAGGGCGCGGACGACUUCCCUGGCAACUCGCAGCAGAGCUUCACUUCUGAUCACACCAGGAAUGGCGACUCUGCAUACUCGACACAGCGCAACAACGCGCAGUCAUUGGGUAUCGACGGCGCCGAGCCUCCUAGGAAGAGACCGAGGGUCGCGGUCACGCCGGCAGACAGCUUCGGCCAGUCGCAAACCCAAUCGCAAUCUCAGUCGCAACCCCAGUCGCAAUCACAAUCACAAUCGCAGAGCAUGUACAUGAGUGUCGACAACUUCCCUGGCUCACCCACCGAGCCCAACGAGUCAUUCAUCUACUCUCAACAUGGCCUGAACGUACACCAAGCCGAGGACCAUGACGGCGUAUCUCCUCUUCCACCUCUACCCUACGAUGAGUCUGUGGACACUGAGGCCACCCGAAAAACCCUCCUCACCCUCUUUGCAGAGCCUAUGGAACCUGAUGCGUUUGAGGAGCUACGGUCCUUGACCCCAUUGGAGCUGGACAUGCCCAUCGACAGCCAGCAGCAUACCGCCCUGCACUGGGCCGCCACUCUCUCGCGCAUGAGCAUCGUCCAAGCCUUGAUCAAGCACGGAGCCAACCCCUUCCGAGUGAAUUCUGAAGGCCAGACCGCCCUGAUGCGCGCCGUCAUCGUCACAAAUUCUCACGACAACUUCUCCUUUCCCGAACUGCUGGAUCUGCUUGGCCACACCCUUGAGGUGGCAGACAAUAAAGGUCGCACAGUACUGCAUCAUGUCGUCGUCACAAGCGCCAUCGAGCGUCGGCAUGCAACGAGCAAGUACUACCUCGACUGUCUGCUCGAAUGGGUCGUCCGCCAGGGCAGCGCCUCGAGCAGUCAGGACCUCGCUGCGAACUGUACCGGGCCCCCGUCAACCAACGCCCACAAAAUAGGGCUAGGUCGAUUCAUGAUCGAGGUGGUCAACGCCCAGGACAAGGCCGGCGACACGGCACUGAACCUGGCUGCUCGAAUAUCGAAUCGCAGCAUCAUUUCACAGCUUCUAGAAGUCCAUGCGGACCCUUCAAUACCAAACCGAGUCGGUCUAAGGCCGGUAGAUUUUGGCAUCGGCGAGCUGCCCGAAGCAGGUGGAGAUGUCGAGGACGUGGCAAAGAAUGACUUAGCGGCGAGCACCCAAAGGAGCAAGGAGAGUAGCGAUGACAUUGUGACGUCUAUGAAAGACUUGCUGGGAGAAACAGCCGCAAUCGCGCAAGAAGAGUUGAAGGCGAAGCAAGAGACCCUUGACGAGCUCCAGACGGCGCUGAGAGCGAACUCGUCAAGGCUCGCGGAGACGCGGCGCAGCCUCGACAUCGUCAAGGAAAAAGCAAAACAGCAGCAAGUCAACCGACAACAAGUUGCGAACCUCUCGCGCGAGUUGGAAAGCCUCCAAUACCGCAUGGGCCACAUGGACAGCGAACAGGCUGCGUCACAGAGCAACUCUGCCGCAGCUUGGGAAGACGAGCUCGAGAGGGCGUUGGGCACAACCGGCCACAAGGCCGCCUUACCAGAUGCCAACAUCCUCCGUGCGCGCCUGAAAGCAACGACCGAUAUUCUCAACACAAUGAAAGACAAGGUGUCCAACCUGAAAGGCACGAGCCGAGACAUUGAGUACAAGUACAGGCGCCUGGUUGCCCUAGCGGCCAACUGUCCCGAGAGCCAAGUCGACGACUUACUCGAGGGCUUGGUUCGGGCCGUGGAAAGCGAGAAGGGAGAGCUCGAGAUAGGUCGAGUGCGGAAAUUUCUCGGUGGUGUCGACGGUUCAUAG